AUGAGACUCAUCAACCUUUCGGCUGCCCUUCUGGGCGCCUUAUCUGCGCCAUCAAUGGUCGCUGGCAAGCAACACGGUCACCGUCACAAUGGUCUUGAGCACUUGCGACAACAUCUUCCCGUUCAGUCUUCGACUCUUGAGAAGCGUGGUGGACAAUGCCAGUUCCCUACCGAUGACCCCAACAUGGUCGCCGUCACUCCCGAUGCGAAGAACGCCGGUUGGGCUAUGAGCCCCGAUCAGGAGUGCAAGCCUGGAUCUUACUGCCCUUUUGCCUGCAAGCCCGGUAUGGUUAUGAACCAAUGGGAUCCGGAUUCUACUUAUGAGUAUCCCGCUUCAAUGAACGGAGGUCUCUUCUGCAACAAGAACGGUGAAAUUGAGAAGCCUUUCAAGGGCAAGCCCAACUGUGUUUCUGGCACUGGUUCCAUUGAGGCCGUUAACAAGUGUGGUUCAAAGAUGUCUUGGUGCCAGACUGUCCUGCCUGGUAACGAGGCUAUGCUUAUCCCUACUCUUGUUACAUCUAGUGCAACUCUGGCUGUUCCCGGAUCUUCGUACUGGUGCUCCACCGCUGCUCACUUCUACAUCAACCCCCCUGGUACUGGUGAGGAGGGCUGCAUCUGGGGUACCGAGUCUGAGCCCAUUGGCAACUGGAGCCCCUACGUUGCCGGUGCUAACACUGAGGCCAACGGCCAGACCUUUGUCAAGAUUGGCUGGAACCCUAUCUGGGAGGACUCAGCUCUGAAGAGCAAGCUGCCCGACUUCGGUGUUGAGAUUCAGUGCCCUGACGGUGGUUGCAAUGGCCUUCCUUGCAAGAUCGAUCCUACCAAGGGUGAGGGUAACGUUGGCAGCAGCCUUUCCGCUAAGGGUGCUGGCGGCGCUGCCUUCUGUGUUGUUACCGUGCAAAAGGGCAGCACUGCUCAGAUCGUUGCCUUCUCCGCUGGCAAAGGCUCAUCCGGCGGUGAUGACGAUGACGAAGAGACCGAGUCUUCUACCGUUGAGGCUGAGCCCUCUACCACAGCCGCGGCCAAGACCACUUCCAAAGAGCCGGUUGUCUCUACCACCCAGGAGCCUUCGACUACCGCUGAGCCCACCACUUCGGCACUCUCUACCACCACUUCCUCCACCUCCAGCUCCACUACUAGUGUUGAGACUACCUCUUCUGCUGAGUCUAGCAGCACCACCGAGCAAGAGACUUCCUCCGAGACCACCACCGAGGAGCCUACGUCAACCAUAUUCACCACUGCUACUUCCAAGACCACCAAGCACAAGACCACUAAGAAGGUCUACCCCACUGUCAAGCCUGGUAUCUUCCGUGAGAAUGGAACCUCUACCUACUCCUCCUCCGAGUCCGAGGAGACCGCUGCCGCCACUGAGGCCGACUCUGGAGCGGCUCCCACUCAGUCCAAGGAAAGCGAGGCAGGUCGCCAUCAAGGCAACACUGCUGUCGCUGGCCUUGUCGUCGCAUUCAUCGCCGCCGCUUGUUUCUUCUAA